AUGAACAACUCUACAACUAAACCUGAUACAUAUGAUGUAUCAUAUCAAAGAACCCAAUGGAUUGAAACUAAAAAGACCAUUAAACAGUUAUUACGGCAAUUAACCCCUUCUAAUAUCAAACAAAUUGUAUUACAAUUAUUUGAAGUCAAUCUUUUACGAUAUCGAGGAUUAUUUAUUCGAGAAAUAAUGAAACAACAAAUCACUAAUACCAACAACAAAGUUGAAUUAUAUGCUAGUCUUAUUGGUAUAAUAAAUUCUAAAAUACCUGAAAUUGGUGAAUUAUUAAUCAAUAGACUUAUCUUACAAUUUAAGAAAAAUUAUCUUAAUAACCAUAAAAAAUUAACUCAAUCAUCAAUUAUAUUCUUAUGUCAAUUAAUUAAUCAACAAGUAUUAAAUGAAAUAUUAAUCCUUCAAAUAUUACAAAUAUUAUUAGAAUCUAAUAUACCAAGUACAAAUAUUAAUAAUAAUAUUGAAUUGGCCAUGAUAAUAUUGAAACAUGUUGGAUUAUAUUUAUUUAAACAUUCAAAUACAGCAUUAAUAAUGAUUUUAAAUCGAUUAAAAGAUUUAUAUCAAGAUGGACAAAAUCAAUUAAAUUUAUGGAAUAAACAAUCUAUUGAAUAUAUACUUAAAUUGGCUCGAAAUGAUUUUAAAAAUGCUCUUCCUAUUAUAAAAAAUGGAUUAGAUUUAGUAGAGGAAGAAGAUAAAGAAACUCAUGUGAUUACAUUAGAAGAUAAAUUAUAUUCACAAGAUCAUUUAAAUGUUUUCAUCAUAGAUGGAAAUUAUCAAGAUAAUGAAAAUGAAUAUAAUGAAUUAAAGAAAGAAAUUUUGGGUGAAAAUACUAAAAAAGAAGAAGAAGAAGAAGAAGAAGAAGAAAUAACUGAUAUGUCACAAUCAGAAUUAUUACAAUAUCAGAAAACAGUAUAUUUAACAAUUAUGUCAUCUAUGUCAUCUGAUGAAGCUGUUCAUAAAUUACUUAAAUUGAAUUUCAAGAACAACAACAAGAACAAGAACAAGGACAAGAACAAGAACAAUAACAAAUCAAAUGAUAAUGAAAUUUUGGUAGAUAUGGUAAUUAAAUGUUGUUCACAAGAGAAAACUUAUCUGAAAUAUUAUGGAAUUAUAAUUGAGAAAUUAGUAUCAAGAAAUGAUUAUUGGCAUAAAAUAUUUAUUAAAUUAUUUAAACAUUAUUAUGAUAUAAUUGAAAAUUUUGAAACUAAUGCAUUAAGAAAUUUAGGUAAAUUAUUUGGUCAUUUAUUUGCUUCAGAUAAAAUUGCUUUAGAUCAAGCAUGGAUUGAUAUUAAAUUAACUGAACAAGAUACUAAUCCAGGUAAAAGAAUUUUACUUAAAUUUAUAUUUCAAGAAAUGAUUGAAGAAUUAGGAAUAAAUGAAGUUAAACAAAGAUUAAUUAAUGAUGAAUAUUUAAAACCUUAUAUUGUCGGGAUUUUCCCCGUAAUUAAUGUUGAUGAGAAAGAUGCAGAUUCAAUUAGAUUCUCAAUUAAUUUUUUCACGGCUAUUGGAUUAGGAGUUUUAACUGAAGAAAUGAGAUAUGUAUUAGAUAAUUUACCGGAACCAGAAUAUGAUCGUGGUCGAAGUAGAUCAAGAAGUUAUUCAAGAAGUGUCUCGGAAAGUAGGAGUUAUUCAAGAAGUGUUUCAGGUAGUAGUUAUUCACGGUCAAGAAGUUAUUCUCGUAGUCAAUCAAGAUCACCAAGUCAAAGUCCGAGAGGUCGACAAGAAUUUAAAACUAGACAACCUAAUGAAUCAAGAACUCCUUCACGAGAAAACUUAAAACGGAAACGAAGUGAAUCAAUAACGGAUAAUAACAACAACAACAACAACAACAACAACAACAACAACAACAACAACAACAACAAUCUUCAAGAUUUGUUAAACAAUUUAAAAUAG